AAUGCUGAGCGCCGACUCUGUCCCCGCAGCCCACCCAUGCCCGACUGCGAGCUGCCGGUGGGCACAUGCCCGGAUAUGUGCCCGGCCGCCGAGCGCGCCCAGCGCGAAAAGGAACGCCGCCUGCACCGCUUCGAGGUGGCGCCGGGGAACCGCAGGGACCAGCCCCGGGCUGACCCGCAGCGCGCCGUGAAGGAGUACAGCCGGCCGGCCGCAGGCAAGCCCCCGCCCCCGCCGAGCCAGCUGCGGCCGCCGCGCGUGCUGCUGGGCGUCGUGCGCUACCUGGCCGGCGAGGUGGCCGGGCGCACCGACGCGUCCCGCGCCGAGGUGGCCAGCUUCGUGGCCGACCGGCUGCGCGCCGUGCGCCUGGACCUGACCUUGCAGAGCGCGGGCGACGCCGAGGCGGCCGUGGUGCUGGAGGCGGCCCUGGCCACGCUGCUGGCCGUGGUGGCCCGGCUCGGACCCGACCCGGGGCGCGGGCCCGUGGACCCCGCGCUGCUGCAUGCUCAGGUGCAGGAGGGCUUCGGAUCGCUGCGGCGCUGCUACGCGCGAGGCACCGUCCCGCACCCCCGCCAGGCCUCCUUCCAGGGCCUCUUUCUGCUCUAUAACCUGGGCUCCAUGAAAGCCCUCCAAGAGGUUCUGCAGCUGCCGGCUGCCCUGCGUGCCUACCCAGCCCUGCGUACGGCCCUGGCCAUCGACACUGCCUUUCGCGAGGGUAACACUGCCCGCCUCUUCCGCCUGCUCCGGACUCUGCCCUACUUGCCAAGCUGCGCUGUGCAUGGCCACGUGGCCCAAGCUCGCCGAGGAGGCCUGGCCCGCCUGGCUCGGGCCUUCAGCUCCCCCAAGGGCCAGACCUUGCCCCUGGACUUCUUGGUGUACCUGCUGGCACUUGACGGACCCAAGGAGGCUCAGGACCUGUGCCAGACACACGGGCUGCCCCUGCACGGGGAGGAGGCAGUGGUGUUCCUAAAGGGUCACUACAGGGAAGAGGGGCUGCCACACGCAGGGACCUGCAACCUGUUGGUGGAAAGCAAGCUUCAAGGGCGCACCCUGGAGGAGGUGGUAAUGGCCGAGGAGGAGGAGGAGGUGAUGGUCAGCCCCAAGUCCUUGGAGUGA